AUGAAUAUUAAUCAGACUGCUAAGGAUUUCUCUGAUUUGUCACUAGAACCGGCCCCAUCUCAUGAUGAUCUAGAACAUAGUUCAGGUCUAGUAUUAACAGAAAAUGAACAUUCUUUAGAACCUCAAAACUCUGCCAGUAGUCAAAGUCCAGAAGAAAAUGCUCCAACUACUACUGCUAACUUCUCUUAUCAUGAAAGUCAACAAUUAUUUGAUAGUAAUUGUAAACAAAUGGCUGUGGAUCCAAAUACUUCAAUCAUAGAACAGCCAGCUCAUUAUUCUAAUUUGGGAUCUGGUAUUGAUUCUCCAAAUACUCCUAAGACAGGUAAAACUCGUACUUUGUCUACUAGUGCUCAAAACACUCUCCCUGAACCAUCUAGACCUAUUUGGGAAACCCCACCAUCUGAUGAUGCUACCAAAUCAAACGGUAAAAAUAGAAAUACUUUAUAUAAAAUGGGUAUGAUUGCCGAGGAUUCAACUCAACAAGUUCUUGAUGAUCCAUCUCCAGAAUUGGUUGAUCUAUACACAAAGGUUCAAGAAUGUAGAGAAUUAAGAGAUAAAUAUCAAACAUUAUCCUUACAAAAAAAUGAACAAAACCCUAAGAAUAAUGAAGAUUAUAAAGUUUAUCCAGCUCCACCAAAACCAUCUUAUAAUGCAGAAACAAAAACUGUUAUUCCGGUGACUAAUUUACCAGAUUCUGAAACAUUCAACUUCGAGGAAUGUGAAAUCCCAGGUGAAGAUCCAAACUGGCAAUUUUCUACAAAUGAUGAUGAUAGUUAUGUCGUUUAUCAAACCGAUAAACCUGAAGCCAAAAUUGCAGCUAUCCCUACUUUGAGAGACUAUUAUUUGGAUCUAGAUAAAAUGAUCUCCAUUUCUUCGGAUGGUCCUGCAAAAUCAUUUGCCUUUAGAAGAUUGCAAUACUUAGAGGCCAGAUGGAACCUAUAUAUCUUAUUGAAUGAAUAUCAAGAGACUAGUGUUUCUAAGAGAAACCCACAUAGAGAUUUUUACAAUGUUAGAAAAGUCGAUACUCACGUUCAUCAUUCUGCUUGCAUGAAUCAAAAACAUUUAUUACGUUUUAUCAAAUACAAAUUGAGACAUUCUAAAGAUGAAAAAGUUAUUUUCAGAGAUGAUAAAAUAUUGACUUUAGCUGAAGUGUUUCAAUCUCUGAAUUUAACUGGUUAUGAUCUGUCAAUCGAUACUUUAGAUAUGCAUGCUCACAAAGAUACCUUCCACAGAUUUGAUAAGUUUAACUUAAAAUAUAAUCCAAUUGGUGAAUCUCGUCUAAGAGAAAUUUUCUUAAAGACUAACAAUUACAUCAAGGGUGGCUAUUUAGCCGAAAUUACUAAGCAAGUUAUGUUUGAUUUGGAAAAUUCUAAAUAUCAAAAUUGUGAAUACAGAAUAUCGGUCUAUGGUAGAUCAAUUGAUGAAUGGGAUAAAUUAGCAAGUUGGGUUAUUGAUAAUAAAGUCAUUUCUCAUAAUGUCCGUUGGUUAAUUCAAAUUCCUCGUUUAUAUGACAUCUAUAAAAAAUCUGGAAUUGUAGCUAAUUUCAAUGACACAUGCAGAAACUUAUUUCAACCCUUAUUUGAAGUGACCAAAAAUCCACAAUCUCAUCCAAAAUUACAUAUAUUUUUACAAAGGGUUAUUGGGUUUGAUUCUGUUGAUGAUGAAUCUAAGGUCGAUCGUCGUUUCCAUAGAAAAUAUCCAAAACCAUCUUUAUGGGAAUCUGCUCAAAAUCCACCUUACUCUUAUUACUUAUACUAUCUAUAUUCCAAUUUAGCAUCUUUGAAUCAAUGGAGAGCAAAGAGAGGAUUUAAUACAUUAGUUUUAAGACCACAUUGUGGUGAAGCAGGUGAUCCUGAACAUUUGGUGUCGGCUUAUCUAUUGGCACAAGGUAUUUCUCACGGUAUCCUUUUGAGAAAGGUUCCAUUUGUUCAAUACUUAUAUUACCUUGACCAAGUUGGUAUUGCUAUGUCACCAUUGUCCAACAAUGCGUUAUUCCUAACAUAUGAUAAAAACCCCUUCCCAAGAUAUUUUAGAAGAGGUCUUAAUGUCUCGUUGUCAACAGAUGAUCCACUUCAAUUUUCUUAUACUAGAGAACCAUUGAUCGAAGAAUAUUCCGUUGCUGCCCAAAUUUACAAAUUAUCUAAUGUUGAUAUGUGUGAACUUGCUAGAAACUCGGUCAUUCAAAGUGGAUGGGAAGCACAAAUCAAAGAACAUUGGAUUGGUGAAAAUUUCGAGCAACCUGGUGUUGACGGUAAUGACGUUACGAAGACUAACGUACCCGACAUCAGAGUUAAUUACAGAUACGACACUCUAUCUACUGAAUUGGAAUUGGUAAGCCAUUUUGCCAAUUUCAAAUAG